UUAUACAUCGGUAUAUCGAUGUUUCGAUAGUUAUUUCCAGCCCAUUAUUGUUGGCGUUGAGCGUACGCGUAAAAAUGAAUAAUGAUAAUCCAAAUAUCAUAUUUAAUCCGCUUAUAAGUUCGAUACAAAAAGUUGUGCUAUAUGAGACACGUUCGCGCUUAUAUUUGGUGGGCAGCAACAAUCGCGAGACGCGUUUUCGCUUGCUCACCAUCGAUCGCUUGGCGCUCAAUCGUUUGAGCAUUGAAGAGAACGCCAACGAAUUCAAUAGUCUGGAAAUACGCCGGUUUGUGUCCUCACUAACAGGUUCGCCCAAAGUCACUUCGGCUUACGGCGUCCUAGGUUUUGUGCGCUUCCUCGAAGGUUACUAUUUGAUACUGAUAACGAAGCGACAAUGCUGUGCACACAUCGGCAAGCACCUGGUUUAUUCCAUCAAGGAUACAGUGAUGGUGCGCGUCAACGAGGUGACCUCACAACGACCUCCGCAUCCCCAUGAGGAGCGCUACAAACGCAUGUUUCAGAAUAUUGAUUUGAACAGCAAUUUCUAUUUCUCGUACUCUUACGAUUUGACUCGCACACUGCAGUACAAUGAAUCAGCGCCGCGUUAUGUAGGUGCUCAAGUGAAUUUGGAUUGCGAUGAGCCACUGCCCGACUGGAAUACAUUGACUAACAAUGUGGAGCGCACUCACGAGCGUGUUGAUUACGCAUUUCGUAGUGAUUCACGCAAACGUUUCGUUUGGAAUGCUUAUCUACUACAGGCCAUGGAAGGUAUUAUGCUGAAGGAUUGGUUGCUGGAGGUAACACAUGGCUAUGUGAGUCAAUCGUGCAUCAGCAUCUUUGGCCGGCGUGUCAAUGUAUGCCUCAUUGCAAGGCGUAGCUCUCGCUUUGCUGGCACACGCUUCUUGAAGCGCGGCGCUAAUUUCCAGGGCGAUGUGGCCAACGAGGUGGAAACAGAGCAGAUCGUCAGCGACGGCCAGCGUUUGUGCGCUUUCACGCAAAUGCGCGGCUCGAUUCCAUCGCAUUGGUCGCAGGACAUUAGCAAGAUGGUGCCAAAGCCGCCCAUACAGCUGGAUAUAUCGGAUCCUUAUGCUCAGACGCCGUCACGACAUUUUGAGCGUUUGCUCUUUCAUUAUGGCGCUCCGUUGAUCAUGUUGAAUCUGGUGAAGAAACGCGAGCGGCGCAAGCAUGAAUCCAUCAUUUCCAAGGAACUGGAGAACAGCAUUAAGUAUCUGAAUCAAUUCUUGCCGCCGCAGCAUCGCAUGAAGCAUAUACACUUUGAUAUGGCGCGUCAGAGUCGCCUGAGCGGUGGCAAUGUAAUGGAACAUCUGGCCGUGAUUGCUGAGAGCAUUAUUCAGAUGACUAACAUGUUCUACAAGGCGCAUCGCGGCAGUGAACUCAGCUUCCAGACAGGCAUUGUGCGUACGAAUUGCGUGGAUUGCUUGGAUCGCACUAAUUCAGCUCAGUUUGCCAUUGGGAAGUGCGCACUGGGACAUCAGCUGGAGCGCCUGGGUUUUCUAAAGACACCUAAACUUGAAUUCGACUCUGAUUGCGUGACAAUGCUGGAGCAUUUGUACGAGGAGCAUGGCGACACCUUGGCAUUGCAGUAUGGUGGCUCACAGUUGGUGCAUCGCAUCAAAACGUAUCGUAAAACAGCUGCCUGGGCCUCACAGGGCAACGAUGUAAUGCAGACGCUGAGUCGUUACUAUAGCAACACGUUCAGUGACACGGAAAAACAGCAGAGCAUCAAUUUGUUCCUUGGUCUCUACAAGCCAAGCAUUACGAAGCUGAAUCAACCCAUUUGGGAGUUGCAAACCGAUUACUAUAUGCAUAAUGCAUUUGUGCCCAGUACAUCGAAAGCUCCAAUUACGGAUUGGGUGCGUCACAAAGUGCGCGAGUGUUUGCCUUAUCCUUGUGCGGAUGCCAACAAGCUGGUCAAGGAGCUUAUAAGAGUGCACAGCAAUAGCCUGGAGAUGAUUGAUGCUUACUCCAAUUAUCAUGAGUCCUUUAAAGUCUUGCUCGAACACAUCGAGUUUGAUAUUAGCAAACGGGCUACAAGUUAUAUGCCCACAUACCGCAUAAACUUCAGUCCAUUCCAGAGGCAAAUACAACCGUCUCGCAUGGCAAGACAGAAUCCAUCAAUGACUGGUCAAAGCUCCACGGGAUCAAUGAACAGCAACUCGUCCAGCUCCAGUGAGGGCGAGGAUAGCUCCAGCGAUGAGGAAGUUAGCGCAAGUUUUGCCGAGAAGGAGGCCAAGCAAACGGAAACCGCUGAGCCAGCGCCUUUUACGCUCGCAUCUAUGCUGCCAUCCAUGGAACAGGUUUAUGGCUGCACCAUCAGCGCACCCUCGAAGCAGAACAUGUCCAUCUACAAGAAAUAUGUGAAGAUUGACAAACUGUCAAGUGUAGGCGUUUACCCCAAUCAGACAGCAGUUGCGCAACGGGAACAGGAAAUUGCCCUCAUGAUGCGUGGCGUCACAUUGCGUCCGCUUAGUGACUAUGGAACCGAUUCGUAUCUCAGCGUGGAGCCGCCCACUGUGCCUGCGGAGAGUCAACGUAUUUAUGCAGAAUACUGCAAGACCGCUCGCUAUUUUAAUGCUGUGCCCAAAUUUGAUGAGUUUGAUAAGCUGUACCAAUACGUUCAGAAUCUUUAGAAGCCAAAGCGAUGAUUGCAGUUAGCUGAGUUAAAAACAGGUUAGCGUUCAUGGAUUUUAUUUACAAAAUGCUGCAAGUUAGUUUUAUUGUAAAAGGUAAUUACAUUAAAACUAACCAUCGGCUGUGUUGAUGGCUUAAAGCGACUUCUAUUGUAUGACAUGGAUACAAUAGAGCUCGCCUUAAGUUUUCAUGUGUCGUCCCAUUAAAUGUCUACGAGUUUUAAGCGAAGUUGUGUUGAUCGCUUAAAGCUUUGAGGUAAUUUUGAAGUCUUUUGUGAGUUAUGGGCGAUUAAGUAUUAAUUGCAAAUCAUCUUGGUAAGAUGCAAUGAGCUUUAAUGUGUUUUUAAGAAUGGUAAGCAAAGCAUAGCGAAUAUAAUUAAGAAAUAAAUAAUUGUAAAUGUAAUUCAUGUCCCCAAGUUGAUGGGUUGAUAAGUUUCAUUCAAAGCUCAUUAAUCACAAGUCCCAUUCACAUUCUCACCAAAGAACGAAAAUAUAUAAAAUACAUAUAAA